AUGAUCACUCUGUGCUGCAAGCUCCUAUACAAAGGGAAAUUCAUCCCCGUGGGCCGGAGAAUAUUCAGGGAAAAACUGAUAAGUGGGAGGAAGCAAAAAUCUCCCAUCAUUCUGUUGCCGCCGUACAUAUCCAUACACGAGCUUAGGUUAAUGCUGAACAUAAACUACGAGACCUGUUUCAAAGCGGCAAAUGUGUACAAGAGUGGAAACCAGUAUAAGUGGAAGGAUUCGGAAGAUAGGACCUUCCAAAGUGUAAACAAAAGGAACGUUAUUAUCCCAUACAGCACUGCUGCUUAUGUGAGUAAAAUUUUUAAGUUUAAGCCGAGACUCAUUGAGGUGGAAUUAUUUUGCGAAGAGGAAGAGAAAAAGAGUGGGACACUUCAGGAUGUGUACAGGAAGGUCUACUUAGCGGAAGAGUACCAUGCAAAUGUUUUGAGGCUCCAAGGGGAGUCCACAAACGAUGCCAGCCAUGGUAACCAUGCAAACGUUGCUCCCAAGGAUACUUCUCCCUCGGUGCAAGCCAACCCAAAUGAACCUCGCAGCCAGAGUAGUUGUUAUGACCCCCCGUGCUUACCGCCCAAGGAACAAAGAAGCCCUCUCGAUGAAAAAAAAAAAAACUAUUACACCGUCGUGUCUGUGAUAGGCCACAUCAACCAUGGGAAAACCACCAUGCUGGACAAAAUGACAAACAACAAUUUGGCCUUAAGUGAAGCGGGCUGUAUUACGCAAAAUAUAAAACCUAUACAUUUCGAACGUGGGCCUUUUAAGUUCACCUUUGUUGACACUCCAGGACACAAAGUUUUCCAAAUCUUCAGAGGAAGAGCAGCUUUCCUCUCUGAUAUAUUAAUCAUAUUGAUUUCCCUAGAAGUAGGAGCUGAAAUACAAACAGAAGAAGCAAUUAAGUACGCAGACAAAUUUGGCAUCCCCGUCGUCUUUGUUCUAAACAAAGCAGAUCUGUAUGGAGAAAAUGAGUCCAUAGUAAAAGCAGAGUUAAGAAAGCAAUGCACGAAUAUGUAUGAUCAGGGGAAUUUAAAGCAUAAUUUUUCAAAAGAAAUUGAAAACGCGAUAGCUAUAUCCUCACUGACGGGUUACAAUUUGGACAAGCUAAUGAACAGACUGUUUUUUAUUUCUCAUUAUAUUGACUUGCCGUAUCACAGUGUGAACCGAUUUUACAACAAUUGUGAGGCAAUACGGGAUGCUGACUUAGGUGUUGGGAACUCCCUCGGGGGGGGAAGCGCGCGCGAUAAUCCCCUUCAUGGUAAAACCCUCAGUGAUAAUAACCCAGAUGGCAGGACCCCUCAUGAGUACACCCUCCAUGAGGAAAAAACUCACCCAAGCAUGUACAACACGGAGAAAGCAAAGGAAAGGAGAAAAUCAGAUCUGAACUUACUGCAAAAGUAUAUUAGAAAAUCUGACUGUCUACUAGCUAUAGACAAAAACCCAGUAGGAAUGGGCAUGGUGGUAGAUAUAAGCAAAGACUCCAGCAAGGGGACAAUUCUUCAUGUCAUUAUCCGAAACGGAUUCUUCAUCGAAGGAAGUUAUUUUAUAUGCGGUUCUGCAUAUGGAAAAAUUCAAAAAAUGUAUAAGUUUAAUAGUAACUUUAAGGAGAGCUGCAGCUAUGCCUCGAUAGGUAUGGCUGUACUAAUCAGUGGAAUGAAGAAACAUGGAAACGCAACAACGGAUGAUCUAAUUUUUACCCUUCCACAGAGUAACGCUUUUAGGUUAUGCCAGUAUAGACUAAUGGUAGAAAAGUUAGCCACUCUACAAGUAAGUGGAAAAGAAAUCAAAGUCUCUUGGGAAAAUGAUAUGAAGAAAAAUGAAUUUCAUUCGGAAGAUAUUUAUCAAAAUCGACUCGCCAUGUCGGAUAAAAGAAAAGCCAUUGAAGAGUUCGGAAUAGAAAAGGAAAACAUAUUCGAAGAUGUAUCCGUGGAGGAAUUUCACAAAAGUAACACGCAAAGGAAGAAGGAGGAAGAAGAAGAACAAAAAUCUGUUGUAAUCGAAUUGGAGGAAGAAAACAAAUAUGAGGAUCUAUCCAGGGUUAAGAAAAAAAAAAUACAAUCCAUCCUCUCGCAGGGUGAUUCAGAUGAAAGCAUUUUAGUACCUGAAGAAAACACCUUUUCCUUUUUUGAAAGCCCCAAACAAGGUGAACACCUGGACCCCUUGGUAAGUUCCCACUGGGGAGGAGUCCAUUACCAAGAGAAGGAUCAGCCAAACAGUUCAAGCGGUGCUCAAAAAAUAAAUCCCUUGACACACGAUCAACAGGAAACAGAAAACGAUAUCACGAACGAAAGAAAUAAUAAUUUUCAAAGCAGACCUUAUAACACGGAAAGUGCUACCUUGUAUGAGCGCACAGAAGUGGGAAAAGAGGAAGAUGCACACGAGGAAAAAGGAAAGACACAUUCGGUUUGGAGAACAUCAUCCCAUGGGAGAGGAAGGAAGAGCAGACACGCGCUGAAUUCCGAUGCAAAGAAUGGACAACCUUCCCAAGAAGCGUCGGAUUCCAAUAGCGAACAAUACACCGAUGAGAAGAAGCUGAACGACCCAUGGUACUACGAAGAAAGCGAAGAAACGUGGGCGAAAAAAGUCCUCCAAAGAAACGAUGAACUUAUGGAAACGUGGAGAAACAAAACAAGGCAAAGGGAAAUCGAAAAGGAGAGACAAAUUUUUUACGAAAAACAAAUGAUUUUGAAAAAUGAAAUUUUAAGGAGAAAACUUUUGGGAGAAGAAAAAUUAACUGAAGAGGAAAUUAAUGCAUAUCUGUAUGAGGAAGAAAAAAGCAACGCAAAUAAUUCUCAAGAAUCAAGUAGCGAUGAGCCUAUAGAACUACCGCAAAAAAAUUGCCCAGUUAUACCCAUCAUAAUCAGAACCAACUAUGUUGGAAUGUUCGAUAUAUUUCUAGACGAAUUUGAAAAUCUUCAAAAAAUUUAUAAUGUUAAAAUAUCGGUCGUUCAUGGUGGAAUAGGUCCCAUAACCCCAAACGACGUUGUGCACGCAGAGGUAGAAAGUAAUUUUGGCUAUUGUUGCAUUUAUGCUUUUCAAGUCAAAGUUUUACCUGACUCAGUAAAGCAAUCAGUGCUCUCCAACAUUGUGAUAAAACAAUUCGACGUUUUCACGGACCUAAUAGACGAUGUUGUGAAUAGAAUUAAAAAUGUUAAGGCACUGAUUGCACAUAAUAUGUAUGUGCGAAGUCUCAAAAGUGAAAGAACACAAGAAGGGGUGUAA